AGGAGAAGACUGCGAGCAACACUACUGUGCGUAGCUCGCGAUGUAGCAGGCAACUUUGGAACGUCGACAGAAAUGUUUCGAUCCGUUGCACUCGCUCGCAACGUCCCCCAGGGACUGUUGUCCCUGGUGGGCAACAAUGUGGCGGCUACGGGAUACGCCGCCAAAACUCAGGUCAAACACAUGGCCACGGAGUCAUCCGUGCAGGAGAAGAAGGCUCCGUUACCAGAGAAAGUCAAGGUCGAGCCCUACAGCCCCUUCCCGAAGGCCAAUAAUAUGGCGGAAUAUGCUUUAGCUCGUGCGGACGAUUUAUUGAAUUGGGGACGCAAAGGAUCGUUGUGGCCGAUGACUUUCGGUCUGGCCUGCUGCGCUGUAGAAAUGAUGCACAUGGCAGCGCCUCGAUACGAUAUGGACAGAUUCGGCGUUGUGUUCCGCGCUUCGCCUCGUCAGUCAGACGUUAUCAUUGUCGCCGGCACGUUGACGAAUAAAAUGGCACCUGCUUUGAGGAAGAUCUUUGAUCAGAUGCCUGAGCCACGAUGGGUCAUCUCAAUGGGAAGCUGCGCGAAUGGAGGUGGAUAUUACCACUACAGCUACUCCGUGGUUAGAGGUUGCGACAGAAUCAUACCUGUGGACAUUUACGUGCCUGGUUGUCCCCCAACAGCUGAGGCAUUAUUGUACGGGGUUCUUCAGUUGCAGAAGAAGAUCAAACGAAUGCAAACCACGCAGGUCUGGUACAGGAAUUAACAUAUAGUAUCUAACAUGUCUAUGUAGCAAGUUGUGUACAGAUUAUUUAAGAGCUAUGAGGUAAUCUAUUUAAUUAAGUGACAGACGUUUAUUAUAGGCCAUCUGAAAAUGUGAUUUACGAAAUAAAAUCACAUUUGAAAAAACAAA